AUGACUGAACAUACACAUAAUUCCCAGGGCGAAGGCCAUCUUCGGCCUCGCCUAUCAAAGAUCACCAUGGUAGCCAUGACCUUUGCCAUUCUCAACACUUGGAUCUGUCUAGCAGGAAGUCUAUCUAUCGUUCUUCCUUCUGGUGGAUCUGUUGCAUUCUUGUAUGGCUUUAUCUUCUGUGUCCUCUGUAAUUUCGCGCUGGCGGCUAGUUUGGGUGAGUUGGCGGCGAUUUGGCCGACUGCUGGUGGGCAGUAUCAUUUCCAGUGGGCAUUGACUUCUGAGAAGUGGAGGAAGGUCAUGAGUUUUGCGGUUGGUUACAUCAAUAUUUUUGGAUGGCUGACCCUCGUGACGACUGAGGGUUUCUUCGCAGCACAAUUCAUCUCGGCAGCAUGCGUCGUAGCAUCCAACGGAAACUACGUUGUAGCAGCGUGGAAGACGUACCUUAUCUUCAUGGCCGUCCUCACAUUCGGCACUCUCUCCAUGACCUUCGGCAACCGAAUCCUGGGUGCCUGGAACAAUCUCGCCCUGUACUGGUCCAUUCUUAGUGUUUUUGUCGCCAGCGUCGUCCUUCUCUCGACAUCCGACAAAACCGACCCCGAAUUCGUCUUUGCGACAUUUGCGAACGAAACAGGCUGGAAUGACGGAAUCGCGUGGAUCUUGGGUCUUUUGCAGUCAGCGCUGUCACUUAUCGGAUACGAUGCUGUGCUGCACAUGACGGAGGAGAUGCCGACGCCAUCGAGGGAUGCGCCUUUGGCGAUGGUAUACGCUGUUGGCGUGGGGGGAACUACCGGUACAAUCUUCAUCCUUGUUAUGCUCUUCUGCCUCACCGACCUCUCCGGAAUCGUCGCAACAUCGACCGGCAUGCCCAUCGUCGAACUCAUCCUCCAAGCAACCGGCAGCCGUGCCGGCACCACGUUCCUCACGCUCAUGCUAGCAAUCUGCUUCAUCCAUGGGACCAACGGCUCGAUUACCAGCGCCUCCCGACUCCUAUACGCGAUGGCUCGUGAUAAAGGUACUCUGUAUCACGAGUACUUUAGCCACAUCCAUCCCAGGUGGGAAGUGCCUAUUAGAACUAUUGUUCUUACCUGGGUGUUUAAUGCGAUCUUUGGAUUGUUGUAUCUCGGUCCGACUGUUGCGUUCAAUGCGUUCAUUUCGAGCUGUACGAUCUUGUUGAACAUGUCCUAUGCCAUUCCGGUUGCGACACUUUUAAUUCGAGGGAGAGAUACUUUGACGAGGUUUCAGAGUGCAGAUACGCCUUGGAGGUUUGGCAAGGUUCGAGGCCUGAUCAUCAAUUACAUUGCUGUUCUUUACGUCUUCAUCACAUCAAUCUUCUUCUGUUUCCCGCCCGUUCUACCAGUCGACGCCAGCUUGAUGAAUUAUGUCUCGGCUGUCAUUGGCAUCUUUGCCAUUUUCCUGACAGGAUACUGGGUCUUGUAUGGGAAGAAGACAUUCCAGGGCCCGGAUCUCGAUGUAAUUCUUGGAGAAAGACCGGACAUUGCCGAAGCCACAGAUGAGUUGGCGAUGGAAGAGAAGAAGGUUGAGAGCCCAAGGGAGUGA